UCGAAUUGAUCAAUUUCCCACCAACCUUAGCCCAUGGAUUCGUUAGAGGACGGCUGUUGCUGGGAUUUUCUUGAUUAUAACUUUAUCGACGAAACCGCAACGUCUUCUGAUUUCUUAUGGCAUAAUAAUCAAAGGUUUUUUGCUUUCCCAAAUUGAAGUAUCAGAAAGUCGAGAAAUUUAUCAUGUCAUAAGUUUGUAAAGAUAUAUAGGAAUCGUCUCUUUUGUGCUUUUAAAAUACUAGUUGGGACAUGAAUUUUAUGAAAAUUGAUCCAAUCGUUGAUAAUUGCAGUGGCGACAGCGCCGGUGGCGGCGUGGAUAUUGAUUUUUCUUCUUCUGGUACUGUAUCUGAAGCAAAACAAUUCUCGCGCAAGAGGGGACGCAGCGAUUCUUGCAGCAAACCGGUGACCAAAGCUUGCCGAGAAAAGUUACGGAGGGAAAGAUUAAAUGACAGGUUUCAUGAUUUGAGCUCUGUUUUAGAACCUGGCAGACCCGCGAGAACUGACAAACCAGCCAUACUUGAUGACGCUAUUAGAGUUCUGAAUCAACUGAAAACUGAAGCUCAGGAGCUCAAAGAAACAAAUCAAAAGCUUCUAGAAGAAAUAAAAAGUCUGAAGGCUGAAAAGAAUGAACUUCGUGAAGAGAAACUCACGCUGAAGGCAGAUAAAGAAAGGAUGGAGCAGCAAUUGAAGGUUAUGGCUGUUCCUCAUGGAUUCAUGCCAGCCCAUCCAGCAACCUAUCAUACUGGGGUGAAUAAGAUGGCAGUCUUUCCAAGUUAUGGUCUGAUACCAAUGUGGCAAUUGCCUCCUGCUGCCUGCGAUACAUCCCGUGACCAUGAGUUCUGGCCUCCUGCUGCAUAAUUUUUGUUUUGUUCAUUAAUAUCGCCAUUAGAUGUUUUUUCUUUUUCUCCCAAAAUAGUCCAAUGAUUUUUUCCUGUUCAAAUGUAAAUAUGACUGCAUUUUUCACUGCCCGACUUUGACAGUUUACUAUGACUAAUGCAUUGUUGGGAUUGGCAAAAAAUAUAGUUCGAUGGAAAUGAUAAAAGCAAGUUAAUUAUUUAUGUA